CAUUUGCUUUUGAGCUGUCACUCUAGGAAGUGUGGUUGUAUCCUCCUUCGCUAGUAGUACAUCGCUAGUUAUGUAUCUCUCUUUUCAGUCACUUAAUUUCUUCGGGCGCCGCGUGUGUACUCAGACCUUGCAGUGUGCGCUGCUCAGGCGAUCCACCGUCUGUACAUCGCACAGGAUGGCUAGCAGUGACUCCUUUCGCAUUGAAUCCGACACAUUUGGUGAACUCAAAGUUCCCAAUGACAAAUAUUAUGGAGCCCAGACAGUGAGAUCCAUGAUGAACUUCAAAAUUGGAGGGGUAACAGAAAGAAUGCCAAUCCCAGUUAUAAGAGCUUUUGGCAUCUUAAAAAGAGCAGCAGCGGAAGUAAAUGAAGAUUAUGGACUUGAUCCUAAAAUUGCCAAUGCAAUUAUGAGAUCAGCAGAUGAGGUUGCUGCUGGCAAACUAGAUGAUCACUUUCCAUUGGUUGUGUGGCAGACUGGGUCUGGUACACAAACAAAUAUGAAUGUAAAUGAAGUAAUUAGCAAUAGAGCUAUUGAGAUAUUAGGUGGAAAACUGGGAAGCAAAGAUCCUGUACAUCCAAAUGAUCAUGUUAACAAAAGCCAGAGCUCCAAUGAUACUUUCCCUACAGCAAUGCAUAUUGCUGCUGCAAGAGAAGUCCAUAACAUUCUUUUACCUGGUCUUCAACAACUUCAUGAUGCACUAGAAGCAAAAUCAAAUGAGUUUGAAGGUAUUAUUAAAAUUGGCCGUACACAUACACAGGAUGCAGUGCCACUUACUCUUGGUCAGGAAUUUAGUGGUUAUGUACAACAAAUUAAAUAUUCAAUUAGUCGAAUUGAAUCUGCACUUCCAAGGAUUUAUGAACUAGCUGCUGGUGGUACCGCUGUUGGAACGGGAUUAAAUACCAGAAUUGGUUUUGCUGAGAAGGUCGCUGCAAAAGUGUCUAAACUCACAGGUUUGCCAUUUAUAACUGCACCUAACAAAUUUGAAGCCCUUGCUGCACAUGAUGCGCUGGUUGAGUUAAGUGGUGCCUUGAACACUGUUUCUUGUAGCAUAAUGAAGAUUGCUAAUGACAUACGUUUUCUGGGUUCUGGGCCACGAUCAGGCCUUGGAGAACUAAUUUUGCCAGAAAAUGAACCUGGAAGCAGCAUUAUGCCAGGAAAAGUGAACCCUACUCAGUGUGAGGCCCUCACUAUGGUUGCAGCUCAAGUCAUGGGCAAUCAUGUGGCAGUAACAGUUGGAGGCAGCAACGGACAUUUUGAGCUGAACGUAUUCAAGCCUUUAAUUAUAAAAAAUGUACUUAAUUCAAUUCAGCUCCUGGGUGAUGCUUCAGUUUCCUUCACUGAAAAUUGUGUUGUGGGUAUACAAGCUAAUACAGAAAGAAUAAACAAACUAAUGAAUGAGUCAUUAAUGCUUGUCACUGCACUAAAUCCGCAUAUAGGUUAUGAUAAUGCUGCCAAAAUAGCCAAAACCGCACACAAGGAAGGAGCAACAUUAAAAGAAAUAGCCAUUAAACUUGGCCUUCUUACAGAGGAACAAUUUAACGAGUGGGUCAAACCACAGGACAUGCUUGGGCCCCACUGAGUACUAAAUGUGUUAAAACAUGCAAAUUUAUAUUGUAUAUGGAUUCGGAUUUGUUUUCAGCUGUUUAUACUGAAUAAAUAUCUGGUUGUUAACUGGCAA